AUGUACGCAUCAAAAACAGCUGAUCCGGAUUCAAUUAGAAUAAUUGAUUUUGGAUUUGCGAAACAAUUACGUGCUGAGAAUGGUUUAUUGAUGACACCAUGUUAUACAGCACAAUUUGUUGCACCAGAAAUUCUGAAAAAGCAGGGUUACGAUAUGAACUGUGAUGUUUGGUCACUUGGAGUAUUACUUUUUACUAUGCUUAGUGGUGAAACACCAUUUGCAACAAGUGAAAAUGAUUCACCACAAAAAAUUUUGAAACGUGUUGGUGAGGGGAAAUAUUCAUUGAAUGGUGAAACUUGGAUAAAUAUUUCGGAUCAAGCAAAAGAUCUUGUUCAACAUUUGCUACAUGUUGAUCCAUCCAAACGUAUCUCAGUCAAGCAAAUUCUUACUCAUCCAUGGAUUGUCCAUCUUAAUUCACUUCCAACAAUACGUUUAAAUUUCUUCAAUGAUCCAUCUAAAGUAAUGGAUGCAUUAGAUGAAACAUAUCAUGCGUUAACAAACGCUACAGUUACGUCAGUUCCGUUACGACCUGUUACCGAAUCCGCGUUAGCACGUCGUCGACGUUUAAAUCGAAUGAAAAGUGUUACAAUUGAUGAUGAUAUUAUUGAAGUAUCUAAUUCUGUGUUACCUAAUGGAUGUAAUAUUGCAGCCGUUUAA